CAGCUUCCUGAGAAGCAUAUGUGUCGUUUGUUAUAUUGUAAUCGAAAAGUUGUGACCUUGUGUGUUAUUAUUUUUUUAAUGAAUUUUUUUUAGCAUGACAAGAACAUCCAAAGUGUUCUAAAUAUAUUUAAUAUAGACUGUCUUAAAGUAACGGAGACUUAAAUACGCCAAAGAACAUGGUUUCCAGAAGAAUAGGCAUAAGACUAGCAAGGUUUGGCUGUGCUAAUCGUCCUUUCUAUCACAUUGUUGUUGCACCAAAGUCCAGAAGACAUCAAGAUCCUCCCUUUGAACAGCUUGGAACUUAUGAUGUAAUGCCAAAUGAACAUAAGGAAAGGUUGGUUUCUUUGAACUUAGAAAGGAUACGAUACUGGAUUGGAAUUGGUGCUCAUAUUAGUGACCCUGUUGCAGAACUGCUUGGGCUUGCAGGUUUUCUACCCAUUCAUCCUCUCAGCUACAUGAAAGCAUGGCGUAAUCGUAGAAAAGCAAAUGCUCAAGCUGGUGAAAAUCAAACUUUGUCAUCAGAAAUUUCUUCAACAAGAGAAGAAGGUCUUUCAUGAACAUCUUCAGUUUACUGUAUUUUGUAUAUAAGAAAUAUAACUGCAAUUUUUAGAUCAGAUUUCUUGUUUGGAAAAAAAAAAGUAUUGUAGAACUUCAUAAUCCAUAUAUACAAAUUCCCUUUUGUUUAGGUAAUUCAAUUAAUUAAAAAUGAUACAUUGAUCAUUACAAAUGG